UGAACAUUAAUUUCCGGUUCCGGUUGCGUUCAGUCGCCUACGGUAAUUGUUUUGAGGCCAUUUUGAACCGAGAUGGAUCGAAGCCCUUCCGUACCUGAGUGGAACCAAAGGUUUUCCUCCCCGCCUUCACGUUGGGCUCGCCCACCCUACAGAGGACCCGGCCACCGCGGUGCUUCUGCCCAGGGCUACCCCGCGUAUUCGCCCAAUUCUCAGGCGUAUUCCCAUGGUUUUAACCGCGGACAUAGGGGAGGUUCGCCAGGAGGGUCCGGCGGCGGAAGACGGAGCUUCGGAGGGUCUCCGGCUGUGUUCGGCAGUGGCGCCGGAAACUUCGGAGAGAAGCAACGAAGGGGAAACAGUUUCGGCAGGCCAAUCAACUUCAGUCCGUCGGCGUCGAAUGUGCAGAGUCGCCAUUAUACAGCGUUACGCAAGACUCGAAGCAAGAUGAUUAAAAUACAUGGAAAAGGAAAUCUUAAAACACCGGCGUGAGGCUGGCCGGCAGGGACGCUCUGAUGGUACAAUCCAGUCAGUCAUGGGGCAAAAAAAAUAACAACCCCAAAAAAAACUUUCUGUUCACAAAUAAAUAUUUGCAAUGUAGAAUAUUUUUUUUUUUUUGAUGCAAACACAUUUACAGAUACCAAAAACUUCGCACUGCUGUAUUUAAAAACUGACUAAGAGCUGUCCAUGAAGUCAUGUAUUUAUUUAUUGAAACUUGUCCAGGUAACCAGCCAACCUGGCUGCAGAGAGCAGAGUAAAACAAAGCAUAAAUAGAAGCAAAUACAUUUACAAACUUUACAAUGUGAUAAAGUAAUAAGUUAAAUAUUACAUUAUAUCUUAGCACAUGGUGAAUAAAAGGUCCAUAAAAGGCAUGUGAGUUGAUAUUCUCUAAAGCUGCACAACUUGUAUGAAGAAAAAUGUAAUCGUGUGAAUGCAGGGACAUGAGAAAAACCUGUCUUUUUGGAAUAAAUAAAUAUAUAAAUAAAUGGAGACGCCUGCGGAUGACAAUAGAUGUGAUUUAUUGUUCUUAGAUUUGUAGUGGAACUGUGUAAGGAUUCAGGCUCAUGUCCCCAUUGCAUUUUCCAGAUGAGAAAUCACAUCGAUAGUCAUCUGUAAGCUUCUCUUGCACAAUCCCUUUCGGUAUGUCAUCUCAAUAAAAUAGAAUAAAUAUAUUCUACUUUACUGAAAUGUAUCUGUAUAUAAUAAAACUCCCUACCUCAAAGAGUGUCUGGAGCCAGAUUGGUAUUGGAAAUGUGAAUAGGUUCUCAAUUGCCUCACCUGGGUAAAGGGUUAGGUUUGAAAGAUAUUUAAAAAUAUUUGCAAUUUAGGAUACAAAAUAAGACAUUGGAAGCUUGAAAUACCAGCAUUUUUUAGACCCAGUAGGUGUCAGUAAUAAGCAACAUCAGCCUCAUUUGCUUAAGCUACCCUGAACUAAUUAGUGCGAUGGAAACACAAACCACAUGGGCCACAGCAACCUUUUGCUAGCAGGAACUCAAAGUUCCUGGGCGGGUUGGUGGAAAAGCCUCUUAUGUUUCAGCGGAAAGACCAUCUGUAAACAAGCCUACGACACCACCUAUCUCCCACGUACAAUGGCUCAGCCUGUAUAACAAACCAAACUCAGCCUUCAAGUGGCUCCAACAAAUUUUUUACAACUGAAUGGAAUGCCUGAGAGGGAAUUUCCACUUAGUGACUGCUAUUGAUGGGCGGGGGCCUCUCUGCAAGGCAUCUUAACGACCGUCAUUUACUUCCCAAAAGAGUGAUACCAUGGGGCGUACCUCCAACUUGGAGGAUAAAUAAAUAGUUGGGUUUCCCACCCUGGCUAGUGUUGUCCACACUAGUUUGUUGCAUGAACUGAUGAAGCCUGCUCGCCAGAGAGGCGAAACAUCUUCUAAGAAGACCAGAACAGGCCAUUUUCAGUCAAUGCAAUGCCGUGCGAAUGAAGUGAUAUGGAUGAUAAAUGAGAAUGGGACUAGAACCUACGCUUCCUUGGAGUGUAUAAUACAUUACACCAUGAGUGACUCUUUCGCAACUAAUUGCACAACAUGGAAACAUCUCAGAUCAGGGUGGGGAAAAAGGUUGAAAAGUGGUUGCACCUCUUUUGGAAACAAUAACCUCAACCAAACUUUUCCUGUAGUUUCAGAUCAGCUCAGGCAGGUCUGAUUUUGGGCCUUUAGUGCUUACAAAACUGUUGCAGUUUGGGGGGGGGGGGUUGGCAGGGGGCUUGGCAUGGGGUCCCUGCGGCCCCCACUGGGUGCCCGGUUGUCGGGGCGCCUCGGUGGGGCCGGCGGACCGCCCUCAGGAUGUGUUCCGUAAGCCAGGCUGCUCUCGGGUGGACCUGUUCCCGCCCCUCGAUUGAUUGGGUGGGGUCCUCAGCAGCGGCGGUGUGGCCACAGCAAUGACAGGACACUUCUGUCAGUCUUUGUGUAUGUAUAACGGUAUCAAUUCACUUGCAUGUAUCCGCAGGCACACACCCCUAGGACUCUUUCACUGGGUGUGGAGUCACGCACUUAUUGCGACAAAUAACUCACGAAUAUGCAAAUCGCUUGUGUAUCCCCUCACUUAUACUCUCCUCCUGUGGAUGUUUAUAAUUUACAUAAUUAAUGCCACCACACUUCAGUUGUACAGCCGGGUUCAUGACCCUUGUCCUCCCCUCCCCUCACAGGGUGUAGCACUACAACACCAUGCAACACUCAUAUUAAUGUUUCAUUGUUCGACAUAAUGUAAUGAUUUACUUCUCUCAUCCUGUUUACAAUUAGUGCUUUGUCUUUUGUCUUUGUUUCUCUCUCCCUUCUAGAAACUUUGUUCUGUUCGACUGAUCAAGUCUGAUUCUCAAUAAACCUCAAUUAUAAUACCACAGCAGAAGCUUAAAAACUCCACUGUGACACUGUAAAACUGUUCCGGCAAAAAAGGGAAACAGAUUUUCCAUUCUGCUUGACCUAACAGCCGAACAGGACAAAAAAAACAUAGUCAAUUAGUUGUCGAUUCAUUGUUGCACCGCUGUACUGAAUGUCAGCUGAUUCCUGACUGAUUAGCUUUUGGAGAAGUCAUUACACCAUGCGCUUACAUACUUUUCCACCCUGCACUAUGAAUGUGUACAUGUUAUGUAAAAACAUGAAAAUAUUUGUGUGGCAUUAGUUAGCAUUAGCAAAUCAAAUGUAUGACAAAGGAAUGCAUAAAUCAAGCUAAUCUGUGUGCAAAUUAAGUGACAACCUACUUUCUCUUUUG